AUGGCACAGGAAAUAAAAGAUUCUCGAGUGUCUGACACCCUUCCUGAUGCUCCAGCCCCCGCCCCGGUGAAGCAGUCGGUGCGGUCCUUCAAGAAAAAAUAUGCAAAGACGAAGUUGAAAUUUGAGUUGGGAAUUCGAGAAAAUGAGAAUUUGAUCCGCGAGGAGCUACGAAUUGAGGAUUUGUCCAAACGAAUUCAGGAACAGAACGAUCAACUUCUCGAAGUUCUGAUGGAGUUUAAUGAAAGCGUUCAUGUCCACCCCUCCAUGCGAUACGGCUUGACCUUGCCUAGCGACACCCCUUUCCUUCCAACGCCAGAGAAAGAAGUUAAAGCAGUAGUCGAUGACGCGACCCUUGCGCGAACAGCUUUGAAAGAGGCCAAGGCCGGAAUCGCUAGUGGAAACUUUUCACCUACGGCUUACCGCCAAGUGGAGGAAAGUAUCAAACGAAACAAGGAGUUUGCACCAGCUCUGCUGUACAGUGAUCUGACCAAAGUGCCACAUACCGAAGCGACACUUCCAGCAGACGGGGCCAAAGAGACCGUCUCUGUAGAUCGCAAACUCGGAUAUUUUACCCCAGAGCAUGAGACCGAACACUAUCUCGCGCUGGACGCGAGGCUCGGAGACCCGGGCGCAAAAGCGCAAUUGGCGCGUAUCCCGGACGCGCCAACAUUUGCUGAACGAGAAAAAGAAGCCUCAACGCGAAACCCAGCCUCGGUCUUCAAUUGGUUGCGACGCAACCAACCACAAACAUUGCAAGAUCACGAGGUUGGCUCGGAGAAGUCUACAUCACGACCCUCCAAUGCCCGGACAUCGAAGCGGGCCCCUGUUCAACGCAAGGAAGAGGAAACGAUCGAUGAGGAUGGGGCUGAAGUUGAGCCUACUCCAAAGGGUAAGCGCAAGCGUGAUGAGGAUACCGGAUACCGACCCAAGGGUGGAAAUAACCGGUCUAAAAAAAAGAAGGAUGACUCGACUCCUAACCGCAACUCCAAGAAGACUUGA